AUGGAAAGCCAACUUACAAAUACGUCGGACGCGCUCGACGCAAUCAAAGCCCUAUACGACACGGGCAAAUAUGCAGAUAUGAAAAUCCGCUGCGAAGAGAAAGUUUUUGAUGUUCAUCGCGCGGUAGUUUGCAUCCGAUCACCGGUGAUUGCUGCAGCUAUGGAUGAUGAUCGUUGGGAAGAAGCUGCAAAGGGCGAAUACCAUAUGAGUGACCAAGAGCUGCCAAUUGUGGAGGCGAUGAUUAAGUAUUUGUAUUGUGGAAGUUAUGAUGAUCAGGUAGCCUUGGGAAGUGACGCUUCGGAUGAUGCUUCGCAGGUUGAACCGCCCUCGAGUCCUCCCAAACAGCCGACCGAUACAGUCGUGGAUGUAUGGGGCCAACGCCAUGAAAUAAGGCGGCCGGCUUUUGGAGGAUUCGUACAGACGGUUCCUCAAGUUGCUCCCCUUACGAAACCAUCAUCAUUACUCUUCAAUGCUAAAGUGUACAUUAUCGCCGAUAAAUACAUUAUCCCAGCUCUUAAAAGCCUAGCACAUGAGAAAUUUAAAACAAGUUUGAGAGAACAUUGGAAUACUCCAGAGUUUACUGCUGCUACAGAGUUUCUUUGGGAAAAUGCUCCUGGGUCUGUACUCAGUAGAGCCCUGGUUACAACUGCUGCGACUCAUAUUAAUGUUUUGCUUGAUAGAGGAGAGUUUGUGGAGUUCAUGUCAGAUUAUGGAGAAUUUGCUGUAGGGGUCAUGAAGAAGAUACAUGGAAGAGAUGACUCGGUUGUGAGUGGAAGCACUGUCCAAUGGGCCAGGAAUUCUGGAAAACAUAAGGCGGUGAUUAUACCUAGACAUAUCGGGUAUUAA